AUGGCGAAACAAUUCAAGGCAUCAGAUCCACUGAUAGAGUAUAUCACAGCUAGUUCACAGGCGGUUAAUGUAGUGCAGCGUGAACCGACAACCUUGUAUCCUGGGAAUCGAACACCGAUCAAAACCUCUUGCACUCCGGUGAGGCGGCGAAUUCAAUUUAAGAAAACUUUUCAUCACAGGGCCAUGGCUUCUUUCACUGUAUCCCGUGUAACCUCGUCUCAGGAUGAGGGUGUCGUGCAUGCAAGUAUUCCUGCGGACGAUCGCGUGCCUGAUAUGAGAAAAAGGCAGCUCAUGAAUUUGCUCCUUUUGGGUGCUAUUUCACUUCCCAGUGCUGGCAUGUUGCUUCCUUAUGCUUCCUUCUUUGUCCCACCUGGGGAUUUUCUUUACGCCUUCCUAAUUUUUGUGAACAACGGGGGAAUAAUAUAUUCUAUAUGCUCCAAACUUAAAUUUAAAGUAUUAGCUACAAUUUCCAUUGCCUGUCCAGUAAUUGGUAAAAAUGCUAUUCUUGCCAAAUGUGAGGAAAAUAUGUCGACAAGAAGAUCAUCUACCAAUUUAUUCCAAUUACUUGAAUCAUUGGCCUUGGCUCAUGCUGAUGUUGAUGAUGGGGAGGUUGUGUUCGUUCCAUGGUUUGAAACAGAUUUCAGAACUGGUGAAUCUCCAUGGUGGGCUUAA